CUCAUUCAAACAACAGAAGGAGCUUGGCUGUUCCCAGAGACGUGUUGCACUUCACUCGUUUGUACCUGCUCAGUGGUGAAUUUGCAGUCAAGAAAUGGUUUCCAUCACAACUGAAAAUGUUACACAAAUUUACAACACCGUGGCCACUAAAGAGCUCACAGUCAGUCCGGCAAAUUUCUACAAUAAUUCAGGAGUGCAUCAGCUGAAUCCAUAUGCAUGUAUUAAUCCAGAUGUGUGGAAGUGGCUACAGGAUUUUCAGCCUGGAUUCCUCUGGUUCAUAUUUAUUCUGGGAGCAAUAGAAAAUUCCUUUGUUCUCAUCAUCCUGUGUUUCCACAAGAGUCGCUGCACAGUGGCUGAAGUUUACCUAGCAAACACGGCACUUGCGGACCUAAUGUUAGUCUGUGCUUUACCUUUCUGGGCUAUUAAUAUUUCUAAUAACUUUCAAUGGCCUUUUGGCCUGUUCCUCUGUAAAGCUGUCAACAUAAUGAGUUACAUGAACCUUUAUUCUAGCAUUUAUUUCCUGACACUAGUGAGCGUCGACCGCUAUCUGGCCUUGGUGAAAACCAUGUCUCUUGGACGGAUGCGACGAACUGUCUGUGCCAAAUGGAACAGCUUUGUGAUCUGGGUGUGUGCAUUGCUCAUAUGUUCACCUACAAUGCUGUUCAGAAAUUUACAGUAUUUCAAAGAAUACAACAUCACAGCCUGCACUCUUGUUUACCCAGCCAGUUACUGGGAGCCGGCAAACAACUGCUUGCUGAAUGUUGUGGGCUUUGUGAUCCCACUCUGUGUAAUUACCUAUUGCACUACGCAAAUCAUCAAAGCCUUACGAAGUAGUGAGCUACAAAAACUGAAGUUAGUCCAGACAGAGAGGAAAGCCACCAUGCUGGUCCUUGCCGUGCUCUUGCUGUUCAUUGUUUGCUGGCUUCCGUUCCAGAUCAGCACGUUCAUCGACACAAUCCGUUACCUCACACCCACCUCCAAAUGCCUGGGAGAAAUCAAUGACAUAGUGACCCAGGUAGCAGUGUACUGUGCCUUCAGCAACAGCUGCCUGAACCCAGUCCUAUAUGUAAUCGUCGGGAAGCAUUUCCAGAAGAAGGCUGUGGAAUUCUACAAUGACUUAUUCCCAAAGAGGUGCAGAAAAUCACAGUCUGUGCAGAUGGAAAACUCCCUGGACACUUUAAGAACUUCCAUUUCAAGUGAAUACCCAAGGAAAAAGUCUGUUUUCCCACUACCAUCGUAGCACAAUUUGUUCAUUACAGGAAAAAAAAACCUCUAACAUACCAGUCUCCACCAACAUCCGUCUGUUACUGGUCCACAGCAUAAACAUGUGGCAGUAUUCAUUAUUUGUGGGAAAACAACAGUCUGAUCUUAGUGGAAACUACAGAGACAUGCUUCUAAUGUUAUCAGACAUUUUUCAUUAUUGAAUCCCACUUUGUAGCAUACUUACAUUUUCAUGGCUGAAUAAUGAAUAUUGAUGCAUGUAUCAUUUGAAAUGUUUGCAUGUCUAAGCUGUACAUACAGUUGUCUGAAUAGAGCCCCAGUACAGAAGCUACUGUCAGGAUUGUGCAACUACUCAUGGUACCCAUACAGUUUGUUGACUAGAUUUUUGAUAGGAGGGGCUUGUAUUUGAGUAAAUUCUAGUAAAUGAAUCCUGUAAGACUAUUAUUCAAAUGGGGGUUUAGGCGUGGCCAUCUUCUGGGCUUUUACUUUUUUCUGUUUAGUCAUCCAAAAUUAUUUUUGUUGAUUGACAAGCUGUGCCUUUUGGCAACUGCUCUGCCCCUGCUAGUUUAUAUCAGCUUGUAUGUAUGGAAAGUAACUCAAAAAAGGUGAAGCAGUAGCAGAAGGAAGGCUGCAGUCAGCUGCAUGAAAGCUGAGUUUUCUUUGUAGCAAGAGAUUCUUUACUCCUUCUGCAUUGGGGUAAAAGCAUUCAUUCACCCUCUUUGAGUGAAUGUUAUUUACAUUCCUACCUACACUGAAGCUCAGAGACUUAGUUUUUAAUAUUCACAAAGCAUAAUUAAUAGUUUCCAUGUCAUUUAAUGGAAAUAUGAAAGAUCCGCACAACUGGUAUAAUCAUAGAAUAAAAUAGAAGUGGAAGAAACUGAGAAUAUGAAGAAGAGCAUCACCUAACUGCCUUAGAAAUCUAAUUGAAGCCAAUAGGAGUCUUGAAAGUUCCAAGUAAUUAAGAAUGGCCUUUUCAGACUCUAAUAAUACCUACUUUCUAUUUUGUAGAUUUUAUAUGGGCGAUUUUAAUAAAAGAUAGCUUUUCCCUAAUUGGACUGGAUUUAUGAUCCGAGUUACACAGAUGAUAAACUCAUAGUGUACUGAAUUGUCAGUAGGCACUUUUACCUCUUGGAACCUUGACUGAAAACCGAGUUGGAGAUGAUCUAAAAAUCUUCUGAAAACACCAAAUCCUUUGUUCUUUCCAAAGCACUUAAGGUCACAGCCUUAAGAUCACCAAGGAAAAUGGAGUUUGGUGACGUAAGUAAACUCAUACUGCAACUGUGUGGUCUCUAUUCAUCAGAGCUUGAAUGGAGCAAUAAAGUUACAUUUAAGAUGGGAAAUUUGUAUUAAACCUUCAAAUAAUUAAAUCCAAAAAAUGCACUAGAAGUGUGCAGAUGAGCUAUAAAAACUAUGGGAUUUAAAUCACUGAAGAUGAUUUGUAGACAGUUUCCAUAGGUUUUCUUCAAUAACACCAUAUAAUCCUAAUGUUAUUAAAACUUCUAUUGUUCAUUCUUUAUAUUGUCCAAGAUACCUAUGAUGAAACACUGCAAGGCUUUCUGUUAUGGCCGGUGUCAUCAACACUGUCUUGUUCACAAGCAUGCUGUUCAAGUAACUGUUAAAAAAAAGGAAACCCAUACAGAGGUUAUUGAGGCAAUGGAAGAGAUUUUUGAGUAUUUGGUACUGAGAAGUAAAAAACAUUAAAAUAUUAUUAUAUUAAUAUGGCAU